CCGGCCGGGCCGAGGCGGCGCCCAUGGAGUUCUCGGAGCUGAUCAAGACGGCGACAGUGGAGGACGUGCUGCUGUCGCGGCCGGGGGUGGCGGCGGUGCGGGGCACGCUGUGCAUCACCAGCCACCACCUGCUGCUCUCCUCCUGCCCCCGCGGCGACCUGGAGCUCUGGCUGCUCAUCCGCAACGUGGACGCCGUGGAGAAAAGGGUCUCGGGCUCCUCGGGCACCGUCACGCUGCGCUGCAAGGACCUGCGGGUGCUGCAGCUGGAGAUCCCGGGCAUGGAGCAGUGCCUGGACGUCGCCGGCUCCAUCGAGGCGCUGUGCUCGCUGGACUCGGUGAUGCUGACGUACCCGUUCUUCCACCGCCCGCCGGGCCUGCGGCUGCAGCACGGCUGGCACCUCGCUGUGCCCGAGCGCCACUUGCAGCGGGUGGCCUCGCAGACCAGCCAGUGGCGGCUGAGCUCCGUGAACGGCGACUUCGGCGCGUGCCCCUCGUACCCGCGGGCCGUGCUGGUGCCCGCGGCGCUGGGCGACGAGGCCCUGGCCAAGGCGGCGCGGUUCCGCCAGGGCGGCCGCUUCCCCGUGCUCUGCUACUUCCACCCCAAAAACGGCACCGCCCUGCUCCGCAGCAGCCAGCCCCUGACGGGUCCCAACCGGCGGCGCUGCCGCGAGGACGAGCAGCUCCUGGGGACAAUCCUGGACGAGGGCGAGCGCGGCUUCGUCAUCGACACGCGCUCGGCGCAGGCGGCCAAGCAGGCGCGGAUGAGCGGCGGCGGCACCGAGCCCAAAUCCUCCUACCCGCGGUGGCGGCGGCUGCACCGCGCCCUGGAGAGGGGCCGCCCGCUGCAGGAGAGCUUUGCCAGGCUGGUGGAGGCGUGCAGUGAGCCUGCCCUGAGCAUGGAGCGCUGGCUGGGCCGCCUGGAGGGCAGCCGCUGGCUCAGCCACGUCAAGGCCGCCCUGAGCACGGCCUGCCUGGCUGCCCAGUGCCUGGACAGGGAGGGCUGCAAGGUGCUGGUGCACGGCGCCGAGGGCACGGACACCACGCUGCUGGUGACAGCGCUGGCCCAGCUCAUCCUGGACCCCGCCUGCCGCACCCUGGAGGGAUUCCAGGAGCUGCUGGAGCGGGAGUGGAUCCAGGCCGGGCACCCCUUCCAGCUGCGCUGCGCCCGCUCCGCCUGCUCCCACGCCCGGGGCAAGCAGGAGGCGCCGGUUUUCCUCCUCUUCCUCGACUGCGUGUGGCAGCUGAGCCGGCAGUUCCCCUUCUCGCUGGAAUUCGGGGAGCAGCUGCUGCUCACCCUCUUCGACAACGCCUACGCCUCGGCCUACGGCACCUUCCUGUGCAACAACGAGAAGGAGAGGAGCCUGUGUAAGGUGAGGGAAAGCACCCACUCGCUGUGGGCCUGGCUGAACCAGCCUGAGGAGAAGCACAAGUACCUGAACCCUCUGUACUCGCACAACCCCUUGGUGAUCUGGCCCUCCGUGGAGCCCCAGAGCAUCCAGCUGUGGCAGGGUUUCUUCCUUCGCUGGAUCCGUCCCUCCCAGCACCUGGAUGAGGCCUGGGUGGAGAUCCAGAGGUUGGUGCAGGGAAAGAGCUCCUCCCUCCAGGAGAGCACAGGGAAAAGGCUGAGCCAGCCCCUCCCUGAGCCCUCUGCUGGGACAGAGAACGGUGAAACGGGGACAGCUGGGACAAGGUGACACUGGAAAUUGCCAUGGGAAGGGCUGUGCAGGACACAGACCCCGUGGGCAGCUCCGGGACAGGGGACAGAUCCUCCCCAGCCUUCAGCUGCCCACCCUGAGCUCGUUUCAGUAAAUCUCUCUCCCAGCCCUUGCCUGUGUCCUGCUCUUCCAUAAGGAAGCUGCUCCUUCCCACUGGGAUCGCAGCAGUGCCCCUGGAUGGCUCUGGAGCUGAAGGGCAGCAGAUCACACAAAAACACCCCAGCAGAUCACACAAAGAAAGC